GGAUUAUCAAUAACACAUUUUCCUGCGUGUCUGCGCCAAGCACCACAUAUACUAUAAUGGAUGUAUUAAGAAAGACAGGCCGUACAUUCUCGGUUCUGAUUACUGGACUUCGGGACAGGGAGUGGGCCUAAGCAGAGAAUCAUUACACCAGCGUAAUUCGGGACCUCUCGGCGAAUGGAAGUGGAGGGUUUUCAGCUCGAAAAAUAGGUUCCUUCCGAAUGCAUAGGUAUACUGUAAGCCAUGCUACGACUUCAUCCGUAUUGAACUGAAGGGGCUCAUUUUAUCUUGUUCAGCGGCAUUAAUGAGGCUGUGCGCAUCGAAUGAGACAGGGCGUUUUGGGGUUACUCAAAUAUUCACUCAGUGGAUUUACUAUAUAGGAUCGCCUAACGUCAACCUCAGAACCUGGAGACCAUGCAACGAAAACGUCGCUAUCGCAGUGUCGCGUAAAAACUUUUCUCGCCCGCCAAGAUAAUCGUCUCUUGUUUGAUCCUCCUCAUUUCCAGGGUCUCAGCCUGAUUUUUUUUUCUCCGACCUGCCACCGCAUCAUCAGGGGUUUUUAGUUGCCUUUACGGUUUGCCAUUUUGGUAAAAUCGAUCGGAUACCAGCCAUAAACAACAUGUCGUCCGGAGGAAUAUUCAAGUCGCCUCUCACGAGCGAGAAGCCCAUCAAAGAUUCAUCCAUGGCUUCCAAAGGGCAGAAAGCUGCAAAUCCGCACAAGAUUUUCACGAGAAAAUGCAACAUUAUUCUUGCUCUAAUUUUCCUCUUUCUGCUGGCAAUAGCCUUGGCACUAGGCCUCACAUUCAGUCUCCGCCAUCACCAUCACCAUCCCUCCCCUCCAACUUCCAGUCCUACCCCACCAACAUUACCGAUCCCUCCUACCAACGCCUCAUUUUGGACCCCAAAUCUUAACGCUUCCAAUACAUGGAACAUCGAGCUACUAGCGUCCCUGGAUCCCACCAAUAUUUAUCCAAACACGACCAUCUAUGACAUUGAUCUCUUCCUUUCGGCCAAUACCACGCCCCCAAUAAUCCGUACCUUACAUUCGAAAUCUCACAAAGUAAUCUGCUAUUUCUCAGCCGGCACCAUCGAAACAUUCCGUCCCGAUAUAAACCGCUUCAUUCAUUCAGAUUAUGGCAAGCAGCUCCCAGACUGGAAAAACGAAUACUGGGCAAAUAUCUCCUCAUUAAAUGUCCGAUCUAUUAUGCUGUCACGUUUGGACUUGGCGGUCAAUCAGUCCUGCGAUGCGGUAGAUCCCGACAACGUGGAUGGCUAUUCCAAUGACAAUGGGCUCGGACUAACAAAGGAUAAUUCUGUUGAAUACAUCCAGUGGUUGGCUGCUGAAGCCCACGGACGGGGUUUAGGGAUCGGCCUGAAAAAUGCUGGCGAGAUCAUCGAUCGUGUGCUGGACGACGUGCAGUUCGCUGUCAACGAGCAGUGCGUGCAGUACCAAGAGUGUGACACUUGGCAAACCUUCAUUGACAAUGGUAAGCCCGUAUUCAAUAUUGAAUACCCUAAGGAUGCGCCGAAGGUUAGUCAGGUGGAAAAGACAGAUGUGUGUAAUGGCUCAGACAUACAUGCGGAUGGCUUUUUCACCAUUCUCAAGAAGAUGGAAUUGGAUGAUUGGGUAGAGAGCUGCUGAAAGAGUCUUGGCGUCGUAUGUCUAGAGUAGUAUUUAGCAUUUUAGCCUAAAGGGGAUACGAUGUGGCUGAACGAUAUCGUGUACCAAUUAAUCUCCGCACAUGCUUGCUUCCAGCAACAUCUGUUUCUAUACAUACUCAAAUAUAUUAAUAAAUAUUUCUAGCUGCUCCAUGAAAAUAUGUGGUAGAAUAGGACGUGCAGGGUAGAAAUUUCUCCACGAGUGACUAAAAAUUACCGUAAAAAUGGGUACGCUGCAAUGUCACAUACGAAUGAACCUUCAUGUCAGUCUCGAACCUACCUCAACCCAAUGUUUGGGAAAAAGAUGGGACUGU